GAAAACAUCAAACAGGAAGGAAGCAAGGGACGGACAUUCGGCUAUUGCUUCUCUUUCCCGGCGUUGACUUGGCUAGCCGCUGGCGGGGCGGUGCAGUUUUCGUCUUGAUGAUUUGCUUGUUUUAGCUGGGAAAAAAUGCAAUUAAAAGAAAGGGUGAUAGAUGUCCCACAAGUUCAGGGAAGGGCAUCAGUUCAGGGAAGGCUGACCUAUGCCCUCUUAAGGCAGUUCCUGCUAAGGAAAUGCCAAAUGGGAAACAUCGUGAACCUCUUUUUCUUCUUCUUUAGAGAGAACCAGCUAUGGCAUCUGAGGCGCUGAUCAAGGAACUCUGCGAUGAAACAACCUGCCCCAUCUGCAUGGACUAUUUCAAAAAGCCAGUGACCAUCGCAGCAUGCAGGCACAGCUUCUGUGAAGCGUGCUUGGCUGAAUUUUGGAAGGAAUCUGACAGCGAUGCAUGUCCUCAGUGUACUGAAGUGAUCCAGCCAAAGAGUUUCAGGCCCAGCUGGCAACCGGGAAGUGUUGUAAAGCUUGAGGAAGGGAUCAAGAUAGAAGAGGAAGGGGCCAUGUGCGAGAAACAGCAGGAGUCCCCCUUGAGCAAGGAGGAUGAAGUUCUCGUUGGCUUGGUGCACGAUGGAUCUCAGGAGCCUUGGGAACAGAGUGAGUUUCCCGUGGACAAGGCUUCGCAAGAGUAUAAGAUGGCUGAUAAUGGUGGGGCAGGCCCCGGCCAUGGCCGCAAGGGGCGGGGCGUUUCAUGGCGGCACAAGGAGACCUUAGACUUGUUGGAAAUCUGGGGGGAGCAGAAGAUCCAGGACCAGCUCCGCAGCAGCCACCGCAAUAUAGACUUCUUCGAGUACAUUGCCCAAGAGAUGACUGCCCGUGGCCACCGCCGCACCGCCGUAGAGUGCCGGUCCAAGACCAAAGUCAUGCGGCUGGAAUAUAAGCGAGUGAUUGGCCACAAUUCCAGGGCCGGGAGCAACAAGGUGACUUGCCCUUUUUACAAGCAGCUGCAUCGCAUCCUUCGCGGUGAUGCCAGUGUGACUCCGAAGCGGGUUUCGCGAAGCCUGAAUUUCAAGCAUGUGCCUGAGCAGGCAGCCGUAGGUGACCUCCCGGUUCUCAAGGAGCCCUUCCCGCUGACGGAGCUUGACGUAGUUAAUCCCACAGAGGAAGAAAGCGCCAGAGAUGUGAUUGCUUCUGAGAGCAGUGCGGGAGAAGGAGCAGCGGAAACUGGAGCAAAUGACACGAUCCAGAUUGGGGAAGAAGGCAGCAUUGCAGGAAGAGGUCAGUAGCCUUCUCGUUGACUAUGUUACUGGGAACAAGAGAGAUGCCAUUCUCUCCUGAUCUGGUAUUGUGGCUCAGGGUUUGGGAUUAAUUGUAACAGAAGCAGGAAUUGUUGUUUUUCUGACUGUGGUAGAAAAUUCACCGUGAAAGUACCAACAACUGGAGAGGGCCCAACAAUUGUUUCAUCAGUUCCGAAGCUAGCAGGUUACACCGGGUCACCAGUCUUCUGCAUCCAGAUUUGCCAA